GUGACCACUUGGUUCGGACAGCAGUGGAUGCAUAAUCUUCAAUGUGGACAGUCUGCGAGCUUCAGGAUGUGAGGCUGGGACCAUGAAGAUCAAGCAUUCUUAACAACAACAACAAAAAACAUCUCCUCGUGUUUCAGGCAGUAAAACACCCAGAUGUGUGUGGAUGAUGGGUCAUUUAUGGAUGUGCUACACAAUCCUUUUUACGGCUGCUUUGGUGAGCUCAACGUCGACGGAUGGCGACGAAGAGUCCUGCAAUGCUGCAUUCGAUGUUUAUUUUGUUUUGGACAGGUCACAAAGUGUGUCGGGACACUGGCAUGAGAUCUAUAGAUUUGUGGAGCAGCUCACCAAUAAGUUUGUCAGGUACUAAUAACUGGAGCGCCUUUCAACGGAACUGUCCCACGAUGAGGGUGUCCUAUAUUGUAUUUUCAACCCGAGCGGUUGUAAUCCUGCCAUUAACUGAAGACAGGUCUGAGAUAGAUGAGGGUCUGACUAAACUGAGCCAAACCAAACCCACUGGUUUAACAUUUAUGCAUGAAGGCUUGAAAGCAGUGUUGGAACAGAUGAUGACACAAACGACGCCGUCUCGCAGCAUCAUCAUCGUUCUGACUGACGGCGAGCUGGAGGUGUACCCCUUCCAGCUGAGUGUGGAGGAGGCUAACAAAGCCAGAACCUUUGGAGCCCGAGUAUACUGUGUCGGGGUCAUGGGCUUUGACCACAGGCAGCUUGUUCAAAUAGCUGACAGUGCGGCGCAAGUCUUCCCCGUGUUGUUGGGCUUUCAUGCUCUCAAAGAUGUCGUCGGCUCGAUCCUAAAGGAGUCCUGCUCGGAAGGCUUCACGAUAGAACCGGCAAGUGUUUGUGUAAAUGAGUCUUUCAAUGUGGUGCUGCGAGGAAGUGGCUACAGCGGAUCCAGGAGGACAGACGACGUUCUCUGCUUCCUCACAGUCGGUCAAGACACAUACAGACAGAAGGCAACACUCGUUCGAGAAGGUCAUCUGCUUUGUCCUGCCCCUGUGCUGCAUGAGGCUGGACAAUCAGUUGAGGUGCUGGUGAGUUUAAACAAUGGAUGGUCUUACAUAUCUGCUCCCAUCACCAUCCACGCCACAAACUGUUCAGAUGGGAGUUGGGUGUUGUGGCUGCUGUUGGCUCUUUUGCUGUUGCUGAUUCUUGGUCUGCUUUGGUGGUUCUGGCCUCUGUGCUGCACCGUGGUUAUCAGAGACCCUCCACCCUCUCGCCCUCCUCCUCCUCCUCCCCUUCCUAUACUUGAGCAAGAGGAAGACUUGUCUCCCAAACACAAGUGGCCCACAGUGGAUGCGUCAUACUAUGGGGGGAGAGGUCCUGGUGGAAUCAAACGCAUGGAGGUCCGCUGGGGUCAGAAGGGCUCCACUGAGGAAGGCUCAAAGCUGGAGAAAGCCAAGAACGCGGUGGUCACCAUACCAGAUGAAGUAGAGGAGGACAUCGUACCUCGACCACCGCCAAGUCCUCCGCCUGGUUGGAACGCCAUACCGGAGCCCAAGUGGUACACUCCCAUCAAGGGGCGUUUUGAAGCAUUGUUGGCAUUGUUGAGAAGGCAGUACGACAGAGUGGCAAUCAUGAGGCCAUCACCUCAUGACAAGGUAAAACAUUUACUCUGUUUAAGUCAUAGUGACAGCAUGUUUCAAUCAGUUGAGAAAUUUUUUUUUUACACAUCACUGUACUACAUUGAUUUGUUUGCAAAUUAAGGGCAGCCUUAUUUUAUUUUAUGUUAAAAAAUAUGUAACUAUAGGCUACUGUCAUUAGCAGUUUGAUUAUAAGUUGUGUGCAGUUGUUGUUUUUAAAUUAAUACAUUAGAAAAUUGUCAAAAGGUUUAUUCAUUUUGUGGUUCAACUCAUAUAUAGAUAUUCAUUAAAAACAACACAAUUCCUACAUCUUUUCUAUAUUUGCCCUGCAACCGGAGAGGCGCGGGUUUGUACCCCUGCCCAAGCGCAUGUCGUCAUUGUGUCUUUGGGCAAGACACUUAACCCACAUUGCUUAUAAAUGAAUAUGGUUGGAUGUUUGGUGGCGGUCGGAGAAUUGCAGCCACACUAGUAGCUGACCACCACGAGAGUGUGGCUGUGGCGUGAAUGAAUAAUGUACGUGAUUGUAAAGUGUCUUUGUGUGCCUUGAAAAGCGCUACGUAAGUCAUAUUUAUUUUUAUUCUGCUUAUUAUGAGUUAAAUUUCUCCACAUUAAUAACUUGAGAUGAACCACUGUACAGCAUUAAUUAAUUAAUUAACAUUAAGUAUAUGAACCUUUUUUUUAAAAAAUAUUUGAUGUAUAUUAUGUGUUUUGAAUGUUCUUUGCCUUUGUUCAGCUUUUUUUGUUGAAAAGAUCCAUACGUUGUUGUUUUUUUAAAUCAAACAAAAACUUUUUCAAGUAUAAAUUCAAGUUGUUGUUUUUUUAAUUUUACUGCAAUGGUCUUCAUUGUCCACAGGGCCGAUGCAUCAACUUCACCAGAGUUCAAUGAAAAUGAAACACAAACUACAAUUUACAGCUGUGUUGUCAUUAACUUUAUAUACAUAUAUAUAUAUAUAUAUAUAUAUAAAGUACUGACAUCUAGUGGUGGCUUUGGUUUACAGUACCUGUACUUGUAAAUUACAGUUCAUUUGGAAGCAAUCGGGAGUCAAACCUUGCAGAGAUUGUUUUUCUUCACGUCAUUUCGAUCAGCAACCGUCCUCGUUUUUCAUGGCAUUGAUUUUUAGUAUCUUAUGAAUAGAUUUUAAGUUAAGUACAGAAGCGUAUUGCUGCCACAACAGAAAAAAUAGGUUGUUAUUUGAACAACUAUUGAAAUUUACUGUUUGAGCUUCAGAGUGAAGCUAUUUGUAAAAAAUAUAUUUUGUUUGCUUGUAGUUUUACAAAAAAAAGGAAAAUAUAUGAUACAUUAAACCUGUGAACACAACUUUCAGUCUCUAGUGCUGUAUCGUGUUUAAAAUGUUGACGCUGUUAGGUUCCAUCCUCACUAACGAGAAGUCGGAGACAGUACAACAGU